UUCUUAGAAAUCAUGAAUAAAAUACCUCAAAUCCACAUUUUCUUUGGAGCACCAAUUAUUCCAUCAAAUAUAACAGUAUCACAAGAACAAACUUGUUCAGCAACCAAUGCUGAUCCAUGGAAAAUAACUCACCUUUUGUAUGAUCACUAUUCCUUAAACGUUGGUGCUGAAGUAUGCAAGUAUGGUCAUCUUGAAGGCCACCAUGCAGGUCAUCCACUUCCUCUUAAAGAACAUGUAAUGGUGAACUCCAAUAAUACUAGAUUUUGGCAUGGUGAAAACUAUUUAACAUGUGUUCCUGAAACACAGUGUAUAGAAUCCCAGAACAGUGAUCCUUCAAGGACAAUUGAUAAAGCGUGUUAUAAUGAGCAAAUACCUGGAUUUGAGAGCAGAGUUCAACAGCAUUUAAAUGAAAGAAAAUGUCAUUAUCCUGUGAAAAUCACGGACCAGCAGAAGAAAUUUGAAUCAAAUUCCUGUUUCCACAGUCUCUUAAGAAAAAAUUCCCAACCAAUAAAUCAGGAUUAUUCUGAUAUGUGGGAUUUGGUCCGCAGUACUAAGCAGAUUAAUAUAGAGCUAGAAGCUACAGAAAAUGAUCAUAUGCCAUCAAAAAAUCAUGAGACAUUAAACCGUUAUCCGGGAUUCUCUUCUCCCCAAACAACAGAUGAGCCAAAGUCUAAAGGAGUAAUAAGGAAGACCUCAAGCCUCAGUAUGUCAGCAGACAUUGAAUUUCUUAGUAUUAUGACAUCCAGCAAGAUAGCUUUUCUAGCCCAAAGCCUGGAUAAAGAACAGAGUUUUCCAAAUAAAGGAACUACAAGCAUGAAACCAGAACCAAAGGAAAGUUGUAGGGAAAUGAGACUAGGAAAUUCCAGUAAUUUUGUGGAUGGACCAAAUCAAGCAAGCUCCCCUGAACUUUUUAGUCCUGAUUGUCCUGAGACAACAAGCAACCUCAGUCCCUUAAACUAUAACAAAGGAAUUGAAGAAAAUAAAGAAUCUCAAGAACUUUUCAAAACUCCUAAUGAACAGCCUACUGAUGAUUUUUGUAUUGAAUCAUUUAGCACAAGAAAAAUUUGUUCCCAACAAAAUACUUUCAGUAAAGUUUCUGUUAAAAGAAAUCGAACAUCUGAAGAUAAAUUAGUUCCUUCAAGCACUGUAUCAGAAUCCCUCCAGGAACCCAAGAGGGUUAAGUCAGUUUGUUCUUCAGAUGUCCAUCAAAUCUCUUACAAAGCUCCUCCUGAAAGAAAUAUAUCUAGAUUUGGCAAGGUCUUAAAAAAAACAUCUCUGCUUAAAAACUGCAUUUGCAAAAGCCAGAAAUAUAAUUGUUUGGUUAUGGCUUUACAUCCAUGUCAUGUGAAGGAAGUGCACAUAAAAACAGGACCAAAUUCUGGCUGUAAAGUUCCUUUGGCAACAAUUAUAGCAACUGACCAAUCAGAAAUUAAGAAGAAGAUUGUGCUCUGGCGUGAUGCUGCCUUUGGUGUGCUAACAGUAUAUCCCGGAGAUGUAAUUUUACUAACAGAUGUCACUAUACACAAUGACCAAUGGCAUAAAGAAACAGUACUGCAGUCUACAUUUACCAGUCAGUUAUUGAAUCUGGGGAGUUGUUCAUCUGUCCAGCCUAAAGAACAUUCCCGUGUAGUCAGUGUUACAGUUCUGCAAGAUUUAUUGGACUAUAUCUCUUCAAAGCAUUCCUACAUCAUAGAUCUCCCUUUCAGACAUCCUCAGAAAUUGGAAGGUGUACAGUAUGUAGAACUGGACCAGCUUCAGCCAAAUACUUUAGUCCAUUUGAUACUAAAAGUUAUCAGUGUCACAGUAAUAACAGAGGCAGUAUAUGGUUACAGAGGACAGAAGCAAAGAAAAAUUAUUUUAACAGUAGAACAGGUCCAAGACCAACAUUUUAUACUUGUAUUAUGGGGUCCUGGAGCUGCGUGGUACUCAGACAUUCAAAGGAAGAGGGAUCAUCUUUGGGAGUUUAAGUAUCUCCUCACUCAGCACAAUUCCACUUUAGGAAGUCUAGAAUUGCACACGACCCCUUGGUCCUCCUGUGAGUGCCUCUUUGAGGAUGACACGAGGGCAGUUGAAUUUAAAGCAAAGUUCCAAAAAAGGGAAAGUCACCUUGUGAACAUCUCACAUUUAUCUGACCUUCUGGAAGAGAAGCACUCAGGAGUGGUACAAGUAAAAGCUCAGAUAUUGGCGCUUAUGUUUCCUGUUGUUGUCCACAAGAGCCGGCAGCUUGUCCUAGAUGCUAGCUCUUCUCUGGAGGAUAUUCUGACAUGUCUCCCCUCCAUUAUGUAUUCAGGCUGUGGAAAAUGUGGACUGGAAUUAGAAACAGAUGAGAACCAGAUCUACAAGCAGUGUGUCAGUUGCUUGCCAUUUACUAUGGUGAAAUUUUACUACAGGUCAGCUCUCAUGACUGUGUCUGAUGGCAAGAACAAGGUUUGCAUUCAUGUAGGAUCAGAGAUGAUGCAGAAGAUUCUUCUCAAUAUUCCACCUGAUUGGUUAAGCAGAGUUGUAGUCCCGUCCUCGGGUAUCACAUAUGGUAUGGUUGCAGCAGACCUGUGCCACUCGUUGCUAGCAAGCAGAGAAAGAGCCUACACACUGAAAGUUCAGAGCCUUUUUAUUCUAGAUGAAAACAGCUACCCUUUGCAACAAGACUUCUAUCUGCUGGAUUUUCAUACUGACUUUGAAGCUUGACUCUGUAACCAUGUACGCCAUCAGAAGAAUAAACUGCUGGUAAUUGGAGGAGAAAUACGAUGAAAUGAUUUUUUUUAAAUGAAUUGAAGUAACAAGACUUUACCUUGGGUUUUUGUCCAGAAAACUCCCCAAAAAUGUAAUAAAAAGAAUUGUGUGUAUUUGUAGGCUCCAGAAAUACUAACUCAAGCUUUUUAUUUUUAAUAAAACUUUGUAGUCAUUGAAAAAAUAAA